AUGUUUAAUACAUAAGUACAAUUGAAGAGAGAAUAAUUUGUAAUUUAGAUUAGAAAAUAAGCCAGGGAAGAAAUCUUUUAAAGAAAGAGACAUACAGCAUUAAAUGGAGAUUUAGAUAGAGUAUUGAAAUAGACGCCAGAUGAAAUAAUUCUUUAGAUUUAUAAAAGUUUUAUGCUUUAAGACUUUAAUUUGCUUAAGGAUUAACUAUUUAAAUACAAUGAGCAAUUCUUAAUAAUUAUUUAGAGAAAGUAAUAAGCUGAUGAAGUUUUCAUGAAUCAAUAUAUAAAUCAUUUUAGCAUAAAUUAAGAAUCCACUCAAUUAUUUAUGCAAAUAUUGCGUAUGCCAGAUGUUUAAUAAGAAAAUAAGAUAGAAGAAAUUAGAAUGCUUUGUAUAAACCAAGUCCUUAUAAUAUUGGUCAAUAUGACAUUUGUGAAUGCACCAUAAAUAGUUAACAAUUUAUUGAACUACAAUAUUUUAGAUAUACUUUUGAAUGAUAUAUUGGGUCGAAUGAAUACAAAACAAAAGUUAGCAAAUAAUUUUGAUGUUUGGUAAUCGAUAAUUGAUAGUGUAAUAAUAUAACUUACUUGCAGCUCUGUCAACUUUUUAUUAAUUUGUUACUAGAUUUGUAAGAUUAAAGAGGAGUCUAAAUGAAGGUUGAAAUAUUGAAAUCACCAAUAUUAAAAAUAUGGCAGUACAUUUAUAAAGAGUUUCCACCAGAACACCUUUGGAGUUAAAUGUUAUGUUUGUAAUAAUUACUUUUCUUAAAACCAGGAAUCUAAAGCAUAGAAAUAAUAUCACCUAAUGUAUGUGCUAUUAUUACUUAUCAUAUUAGAUACAAAGAAUUCUUAAGUAAUGUGGUUAUGUUAUAACAGAACUUUCAGAACAAUCUUAAUUUUAUGAAUAAGCAUUGAUAUUAAUUAUACAUUGUUCUGAAUAUUCACUUGAGACUACUAUUGUUUUGACUAAACAUUUUUGGGUUAAAAUGAUACUAAUCAAUAAAUUACCCUUAUUAAUGUAUGGUCUAUUUAUUAAUUUAACUUCUGUGAAUUAUAAUUCAGAUUCUGAUUUACUUGAUUUUAGUACAGAAAAACAUUUAAUUGAUAUUGGAUUAUUAAAUAAUAUGUUAUUUUGGUUACAAAAAUCUCCAGAAGAUUUAUUAAUUAUUAAAAUAUACAAAUGUUUGAAUAACAUUUUGACAUAUUAACUUCCACAUUUAGUUUAUGCAGUAAUUAAUCAUUUUUUACCCAUGCUUGAUUUAUAUUUUGAAAAUUCAAAUACUUUUUAAAUUGAAUUUGUAGAAGAAUAUUUGAUAUUGAUUAAACAUCUAAUUAAAUUUUAGAAAUUAUCUAAACAGAAUCUUACUAAAAUAUUUGAAGAAUAAAAUGUAAUGAAGUAAAUUAGAGAGAUGUAAAAUUAUCAAAAUCUAUAUUUUUAGACUACUAUAAAAUAGUUUUUAGAUUAAUACAAUUAAGAGUUUGUUUGAAUCAUUCGAUUUAUUAUAAAUCGAAUAUAAAUAUAUAAUUUUAGAUAAGAUAGUAAAGUAUCAAAUAAUAGAGAUUCUUAAUUUAUUACUAGCUAAAGAUUUAAUCUCUGAAGAUUAUUUAGAUACUUUAUUUGAAUUGAUUACAAAAUGGGAAUCUGAAUGUAAUGAAUUAAAUUAUUCGUGA